GAGUCCGCUGCGAUCGGCGCCCGUGAUGAGGGAGUUGUAGGUGACGGCGUCGGGUCUCACCCCGGCCUCCCGCAUCCGGUGCACGACGGCUAGCCCCGCGUCGAGUCCGUCGACCCGGCAGUACGCGGCGAGGAGGGUGUUGUAGGUGACGACAUCCGGGGGCAGGCCGAGGCGGAUGGCGUCGACGAGGACGGACUCCGCACGGUCGAGCCAGCCACCCCGGCAGAGCGAAGCGAGGCCUACGUUCAUCAGCCGCGUAGACAGGGCCAGAUGCCCCCGGGACCGGACCAUGGUUCCCCUCCCUCCUUUUCCUCGCUUCCGCGAGACUCUGUUCGGGGCUCGGCUGCGCUCCGCUUGCUACCGCGACUCCCAUACAGGCCCCUCGCUGUUUGCUGGUUCGCUACGAGCAAGGCAGACGCCUUGUCGUGGACAGACACCCCAGCUGCACGCUGGGGCGGCAAGGUGACUCGGUGGCGCUGCCGCCACUAAGAGGAAUGCGCAGGGCGCGCGAGAGAGAGAUGAGAAAUUUGCUAUUAUGAAACACGACGGGGGUGGCUUCGAUGAAAUGGAGUUUCGCUGUUAUGAAAAUGCAGAGCAAAGCCGAUAUGAAGACUUCGUUAAUAGGUUCAGACCAGUAUUAAUGUCGUUGACACCGGCUUCCGUCCGCCAGCACCGUCGCCGUGAGUUCUCCAUCGUCGUCGCGUUAUCCUUCGCGCGGAAGCCGGGCGCCGCUACCUCCGACCAAGAGCCCCCGAUUGAAGGGCGCCGCCUGUCAAUUAGAGCACUCGAAUGAAGGCCUGCAGAGUCCGCCGCAUCCGCAGGCCGUCCCCCUUUGUGCCCUCUAGGAGGUACGCAAUCCGCGGCGGCUCGGCAUCGGAGUCGUCAGAGUUGACGGCGGCGGCGUCGGGGUUCUCGUCGUCGCUGUCGCUGGCGGCGUUGCCUUCCAGCAGACGGUUCUUGAUUCCCGCCUCGACGGAGGGGGCGCCGCCGCCUGACGACGAGCCGUCGUCGUCCCAGUCGGCGAGGGAGACCACGUUGAACAAGACCGCUAGUGGAGGAGAGUCGGAUGAUGGCUGAGGUGCAGAGGCUCCAGAGCGCGGGAGCAUCCAUCCCCACGGAGCUCGAAGCGACAGCGAUGCCGGGCAAGUCCCGGCCACUGCCCAAGAGUGGGCGCCUCACGACGGUCGCGUCCAAGCGAGGAGGAGGAGGAGCAGCAGCAGCCAGCAAGCAGCUGCAUAGGCAGAAAACCGAGCGCCAUUUGGAUGACGGCAUCUCGAUUGACCAGCUUCACAAGCUCAGCCAGAAGAACAUCUCCGCGUGGAGCAUGAAGAGGCUGAUGAAGAUCGUCCGGUACGAGGCGCUGACAACCAUGGACGAGCAGCUCAAGCAUGCAACGGGCGAGGACGAGCUGGCGACAGAGAUACACAGCGAGUACGAGGCCAAGGUUGCGGCCAAGAGGAUCUUCCAGAACGUCGCCAAGCCUGGAUCCAAGCACAUAUACCUGUCAGAUUUGAUGCGUUUCAUGAGGCAGGAAGAAGCUCUGAAGGCGACGGAUCUCUUCGAAGGAGCGCAGGAGCACAACAGGGUCAGCAAGAGGUCGCUCAAGAACUGGGUGGUAAAUAUCUCAGACGUACGCGCGACGAGGACAAGGCCCAGCCCCGGCGUAGAGCUACGAGGGCGAGAUCGCGAGGCCGCCGAGCACGGCCAGCCACCUUCAGCACGGCUCCGCUCCUCCCCAGUGAAGCACUUCGCGCGCGGCGGCGCUGAUCUCUUUUCGGUAGGCGGUGGCAGGUGAACUGAAGCUCUCAUCGCGAUGGAAAACUCACGGCGACAACGUCGGGGGACGGAAGCCGGUGUCAACGACGCUAAUACUGGUCUAAUCUAUUAAUGGAGUCUUCAUGUCUAUUUUAGAGUGUGGGCUUUGCCCUACCUUUUCAUAACAGCGAAUCUCUCUCCUUAGCCUCUGUUUCGUCGAAACCGCCCCGUGGUGUUUCAUAAUGGCAGAUUUCUCGAGAUGUCACGCCUUUACUAUAUAACAUGAGUUCUGUACAAAAUAAUUAAAUAAAUAUAUCAUAUGAAGACAA